UGUUCAUCACGUUCUAAAAUCUGAUACACUCGGUGGGACCCGCUGGGGCCGGAAUAACAGAUGGUACAGUAGUGGCUGGGGAGUUUUCCUUCCAAGAAGAACAUCUUUCUCUCUCUCCCUCUCUAAAAUAAAUGAGCUGGCUGCACUUCUUUCUGCUGAAUUACAUAGUUCUACCUCACUUCAACUGCCCGCGAGCUGUUUUUCCUUUGAUUGUUUUUGUUUGCUGUGUGCUUUUCAUGGUGCAGACUGCAGACACUUGACAACUAGAAGAAGGCAGGCCUUCUUCGCAAGUAAACCAAGUGAACACCUUAUGACGGCCCUCUGAGAUCUGCCCUCUGCUCAGCUGCCCGUCGCCCGGGGGAUCCUUGUGCGCUGCUCGCCCACCAGCCCCCUGCCAGUCCCUCCGCGAUUGGUUGUCUGCCUGUGCGUUAGACUGCGGGCCGCCCCUCACAGCCAGACUACCAUGUUCCACCGACUCACCAGCCUUUUCUACGGGGAACCCGAAGAGGUCUGCACUCAGGCUCCCAGUCCCAGCUUGAUCGAGAAGGAGGAUGAUGGCUGGCUAAUCGUUGACUUUCCAGAUGAUUGCAAUACCCCCUCAAGUGAAGAAGUGGAGGUGAAGGUUAACACCACCGUGCCUGACGACACCCCUCCACCGGCCCCUUCUUCGCUUGAGUCUCUUUGUCACUGUGGCAGUGACUCCAGUCCUCCGCAGUCUUCACCCUGCACGUUGGAAGAGAGUUGGUUUGUCACCCCUCCCCCCUGUUUUACUGCAGAAGGCCAGGAUGAAAUCCAGGUGGAGAGCAGCCCCUUGGAAAACCUGCUCAUUGAGCACCCGAGCAUGUCUGUUUACGCUGACAGCAACACCAACAUCAGCACCCUGGAGGAUGCAAAUGAGGAGGUCGGCAAUGGAAACACAGCUCAGACCAGGGUAGAACGGUGGGCGCCCCCAGCUCCUGCAGCAGUUUUAGGACGAACUGGCAUCUUGGAAAAGGCAAAUCAGGUCCGCCGCAUCCAACGGGCGAAACAACGGGUUGAAAAACGCCAGCUGAGCCGCAACAGAAUUCAGAGGCAGAACCUUGCAAGGGAGUGUCGUUUCCACCGGACCAAACACCAAGGCAACUUUGUGCACCAGCCACCCCGACGCCAAUACAACUACUAAACCACUUCAGGAAACUGGGCGUUUUGGGUCAGUCAGAUGGCAUUAACAAUAACCUUGGACAAACUGUGCACCUCACCGCGCAAGGUUUUCAUUUUAGCUGGCCUUUUUGUUCUGAGCGUAGCUCUUUUCAAAUAAAAGUUGUUCCAUGCUCCGACAAGGACACAUCAUUUGGGACCUUCUCUUACUUGUCUUUCUGCUUAGCUCGCCUCUUUUUAGGAAUGUGUAAAUGAGCUUGGCCAUUUGCUUUCCUUCCUAAGUAAGCCUCAGUUACAUUGGCUAGUAGAACCCCAGUGCUUGCUUUGCUUUCUGAAUGCAUUCAGGCAAAUUGAAAUGCUCAUGUGCCAAUGGGUAGUAGUGAACCUUCUACCGCAUCUGCCUAUUCCAGCCUGCAGUAGUCAGCUAUGUGGGUUUAACUUACCCGGACUAGGGUUGGAACUCAAGUUAGUUGACCUUUUUCUGCUUGAAUCUAUUUCACUGGGAAAAUGCUUCAGGUUUAAAUGGAUAUAAUUGCCUUUGUCUAGCCAGUUUGUAAAGAAUUGUUGAUAAGUUUACAGAAUACUCUGGAUUUUUCUCACCAGAUCAAGAAGUUCUUUUUGCAUUACUCCUGCAUUCCUGGUCCCUCUCACCUGCUCUUGUAAUAUCCCAGUCCAGAGAAGUCCUAUCCUUUUUGUACAGUUCCUGAACCUUCAUACACAAGGAGCAAGGGCGAGUUUAUCUCUUUAUGGCCCUGGAACUGAAGACCUCGCUUCUUUUAUCUAUCUUCACACUUUGAAGUCUUAUUAGGUAUUACCUCUUCGUUAAGCUUCACAUGCCUCUUGACAAGUAGGUCAACAGGCUUGUUCGUCAAACUUCCAAAUUUGCUUUUACCACACACGGCAUUCUUUAUCAGGUAAUAUACUAGCUUCAUUCAACAAUUGGAAAAUAGAAAUACUAUCUCUGCUGAUACCUUCUUCAAAUCCGACACUAUCAAAUGUUGUCCACUGCACUGGUGUCGCCACUUGGAGCUGCAUUAUUCGUCUCACUAAUAUCAACACAUUUAAGGCAAUAGUAUCCUCAUUGGAACUAUAUCCAUCAGUCAUAUUAUCUGCACCUGACUUAUUUGCUAGAUCCGGCCCCAAUGCAAAUGCCAAGUCCCUCCUGAUAAAGUCGGUUUAUCUAAUGUCUGUUUGUUGGUUUUAGAACCACGUUCUAAAAUUAAAGCAAUGAUGUUCUUUUUUUUUCCCAAUGAAUUCCAAUUGAAGGAGCCUAUUAUUCUCAUUGUUUAUCCAAGUGGAUGGUAGUCUCUCUAACCGACAACAUCCUUGCCCACACAGUAAUCUGAACUAAUACCAACUGCCGCCUUAAUGACCUUCUUAAUCCUGGGUUCACUUUUCUCAUUGGUCCUCUCACCUUCACCACUGAAGUGUCCACCUAGUCACCAUUGCCUCUUGUUGACCAUGGCCAAUUAUCUUUGUACCAUUAGUGGCAUUAAGUCAAUGAAGUCUUCCAGAGCUUUGUCUAGAGUGGGGAUUUGCAUUGACCUGAGGUUAAAGUUCUUACUGAAGGAGGUUAUUUACUUCAAAGGAAGUGGAUCAGAUGAAUUUACCAGUGUAAGAAGUGUUAUGAUUGUCGAUUUAUUUUGGGGAAACUGCUUGAUGCUUCUCUCUGGGUUUUGGUGUCAUUCUGUUUAGCUGCUCGGUGAAAGGUUGCUAAACAAAGGAAGGGGAAAUAAUUGCAUCCCCAAAUGAUAUGUAGAAAGUUAGUCUGUGGAAAGUUGAGCUGUAUGUUCGUGUUUUCACCUUGCCAACCAACGCAACAGAAUCCUUAACCAGUCAAUUUUUCAAUGAUUAAAAAAUAUCUUAACCCCAAUCUUACAGUUAAAGAUUCAAUAACCAAUUAACUUCUGAUAAUCAAGGCAGGGUCAUGCAGUGAUUUUGUUACCGGACCAGUAACCCAGAGAACUUGAAUUCAAGUCCCACAAUUCUGAAGGGUCUUUGACCUAAAUAUUAACUCUGUUUCACUUUCCACAGAUGCUGCCUGACCUGCUGAGUGUUUCUGGCUUUUCCUGUCUUUUGUUCAAAUUCCAUCAUAAUUGUUUGAAAAUUAGAGUUCAGUUUUAGUUUUUCAAGUACAAAAAAAAUUGUCACUGGUAAAAUUGGCCAUGAAGCUGCCAAAUUGUAAAAAGAACUCAGCAGGUUUAUUAACUUUUUUUAUUGAAAGAAACCUAUCAACCUUCUGGUCUGGUGUAAGUGUGGUUCUAGUUUCUCCCGAUUCUGAGACUCCUGCUCUGAAUGGACCAACAAACAACUGGUUAAAUCAAAAUUUUCAGCAAUUCAAGAAGGUCUGACAUUGGUUCCCCAUGACUCAGAGAGCUAAACAGUUAGUAUAAACCCAGUGAUGCCCAGUUCAAUAAAGCUAUUGAAAGUGGAGCAAUACCAAAAGAAUAGAGGAACUUAGCGAGUCAGACAGCACCUAUAGAGGGAAAUGGACUGUUGACAUUUUGGGUCGAGACCCUUCAUCUGGGCUGGAAAGAAAGAGGGGAGAUAGCCAGUAUAAAAGGGUGGAGGGAAGGGGUGGAGCAAGAGCUGGCAGGUGAUAGGUGGAUCUAGGUGAAGGGGGGGUGAUAGGCAGAUGAGGGAGGGAGUGGGAAUGAUGUCAGAAGCUGGGAGGUGACAGGUUGAAGUGACAAAGGGCUGAAGAUGAACAGGUAAAGUGCUGGAGGAACUCCACGGGUCAGGCAGUGUCUAUGGAGGGAAAUGGACAGUCGACGUUUCAGGUCGAGACCCUUCAUCGGAUUAUUAAAAAUGGAAACUGACUACCAUUAUGAUGCUGAAGAUCAUUUUAUUUGAAAGGAGUCAGUUUUAAGUUGCCUUGGUUUUAAAUCACUAACACUUAUUUCCCAAGAUGACAAGCCUCAUUUGAAUGGUUUCCCAAUUUGGAUCGAAUCAUUGUAUUAUUAUGCCUCAACGGGAGACCAUUUGGCCCCAUAAGCUUGUGCUGGCUCUUUUGGAGCAAUCCUGUCAACCUCAUUCCCCAACUCUUUCUCUAUCUCUGUUAAUAACUGCCUGUCAAUUCCCUUUCAAAUGCCCUGAUCGACUUUGUUCCUACCACUCUUACAGGCAGUGAGUUCCUGAUCAUAACCAUAUUCUGCAUAAAAGGGCGUUUCUCUCAUCCCUGCUGUAUACUUGGCUCAUCACUUUAAACCCGUGUCUUCCAGUCCUUGAACAAUCCAAUAACAGGAACAGCUUCUCUCUAUGUCAAUCUGUCAUGAUCUUGUAAACCUUCUCUCAAUCUCCUUUGGUCUGCAAAGAACAACCUUAACUUUAGCCUAACUUUGCAGCUGAAAUCUCUUACCACUAAAAUGCUCUUGCAUUUCUUCUGCAUACAGUCCCCCUAGACCAUUCACAUCCUUUCUAAAGCAUGGUGAUAGGUUUCUACAAAACAUCUUUGCUUUAGUACUCUGGCCUCUGAAGCCCAGGGUUUUUAAGAGUUAAUGGAUCUUGCCCUUUAAUCACUUUUAAAUCCAUUUGAUUCCCCUUCAUCCUCUUUCUUCUUACAAACCUUGUUCUAAAAUCUUUGUUCAGACCUUUUAUCUAGAAAUCAGUUACUAUCAUUCUUAUCCUGAAAGCAAACAGUUGAUAUCAUCCUUGACCUGUUGAAGAAGUUUAGUCUACAAUUGGAACAUCCCCUUAAUAGCUAAUUGUGACUGGUAACUCUCCAGAUGGUGAAAUCACUAGCCUGGACCUUCCAGGAAUAAUGUUCUGCAUGGUAUUAUUAGAGCAUCAGUGUAUUUCAUCAUAAUUGAACAUUGAAUCCAAUGAACGUCUUCAGGACAAACUCAUUGAAAUAUGUAACCCACACAUUAUUUAAACUAGCUGCAUCAAAUGGAGCUUAGCCUCAGGAAAGUACACUCCACAACAGUGUACCAGAAUAAAUACUACACAAAAAUAACAUGCAAUGCAGAUUGCAUACGUGAAUGCAGUGAAUGCUGGAGAUCUGAAAUGAACCAAAAAAAAAUGCUACUGGGUUCUAACAAAGGGUUACAUUUUGUACUGUGACCUUUGCAUUCAAGGUGCUGAGAAAACGACUGUGCAUUUGGAACAAUUCUGUUCGUUUUGUGGGCAAUAUCUUCCAUGUCAACUCUUCUUGACCAGUCUUGGGCCUUUUGGUUUUGCAGUCUGUUCUUGCUAGAUCUUAAUGCCUCCAUCCCAGCCUCCAUAUCAGCUUGUCACCAAUACUAAGAAUGUUUAUCUUUUUAAUUGCUUCCCCUCUAAAGAUUAACUUUCUCCAGUUUUGAAUUGACAAAUGUUUGUGGGGUGUAGGUGGGAUGCUUUCUGGCUCCAAUUUAUAAAUGUGGUGCUUGCGAGAUGCUUUGAUUAAAUAUUCACACUGCACUGAAACUCUGCUGGUGUAACUGGGGCUUUCAAGAGCAAUUUGUAUCUACCUACUAACUUGUACUGAAUGCCUUGUUAUCAAAGAAGGUCCUGACCCUACAGUCUGACUUUGGAUCAACCCAAGUGUGGUGCUGAACUGAUAGAAUUAUACAACUUUAUUUUGUAACUGAAAACAUGUAAGUUUGUGGACAGUAUUAUUUCUUGAAUACAACAACAACUAAAGGUUCUGAAGUAUCUGCUGUGCUGUUGUGAGACCAGUGCUCUGAAAUAGAAUUGCUUGUCAGUGACUGGGAUGAGAGUGUUCUGCUGAUGUAUGUUUUGAAUAAUUUAUUUAAGGAUAUAUGUGAUUGUGUGAGCUGCAAUUUUUCAUGCUAAACUACACAGCACAGGCUCUCUCAGGGACAAUACACCACAAUGCAGUGUGUUAAUUUAAAUUAAUGUCCAUAUAAAUAAGAAACACAUGAGGCUUAUGUACAUAAUCUUUUUUUGCUCGUAUUCAUCAAGGAUUUCAGGGUGGCUAAUAAAAGGAGUAGAGUAAUUUUUUCUCUCAGGAUGAAGAUUGCUGCUGUUCAAAUAAAGCAGCAGCUUCAUUUACUGUAAUAAUUUUCCAUCAGUGCUAUUUUGAGAAUCCAGAUUUGAUUAAGUAAUCGCAUCCAGUCUAUCACAUUGAGGUGAUGUACUUGGUUAAAAACCAACAGAUGAAUCUACACCUUUCGAGACUAUUGUUUUGCAUUGAAAUGCUUUUGUUCACCUGUUCUGUGGAAAAACUUCUAAACCACAACUGCUUGGUCUACUGAAGAGGACCAUAUCUUUAGAUACAAGUCCUUGAAUUGUGAUUUGUUAUUGAAAUUGUGUCUCACUACUUACUAAGCAGCUCAUUUCUGUCAAAGGGUUGAUGUACAAUACUCAGUCCUCUGUGCAUUGCUUUAAGUUUAUAUAUUGCCUGAACUUAAAGCAAUACUUUUAUAGGGGAGGUGGAGCUAAUAUUAAAAUGGCAUUUCUCCUCUUUUCCCCACCAAGCUAUGGCUUUGAAAUGUAAAGUCUAUUCUUCAAUGCAAAAGAAGCAACUUUGCAAUUCAGUGCACUGAAAUUUCAAAAGAGAAUGUUACAAGAUUGAAAUGGGCUAAUUAAUCCAUCAAAUCUCUGCUCAUAUACACCUCUGGAUGAGGUCCCUAUUGUAAUCUCACUCUUUUACUUGAUUUCCAUUAUCCACUUAAUUUCCAAUAGUUCUUUUUCUGUACAUUUUUCGUUUUGUGUUUCUGAUGUAUAAUAUUUAAAUAUGUAACAUGCACAUCUAAUUAGCACUAAAUUGCCAUACGACGCCAUCAAACCUAGUAGAAUAAAACUUGAUACUAGAGGGUGUUCUGUCUUUUAACUUUUGUGGUUCUAUUAAUUGUGUAUUGUUGAGAAACUACACAUCUUUGUGUUAGCAUAACGUAGUAUCUGGGUCCUUGUUCUAACUGCAAUCUGAAUGUGUCAUCAGAUAUGUUUAUUGACAAUACUGCCUGACCGUGAGUUGGAGGUAGCUGAGGCCUGUGACUUGCAGCAAAGUCUAUUGUCGAUUUAUUCAAACUUCAGCAACAUAUCCGUGUAUAAGCAGUAUCAUUUCUGCAGGGAAGUGCGAUGAGUGGUGGAGUGUUGCAUAUUAUGUGAACGUUCCAUAGCAGUGUGGCCACCAAGCCUGAUGGGGUAAUUUCCAUGUCAAACAUCUCCACUAUCGCUGGGCACAGUAUUGUCAGUAUUUGCAGCCAUGUUUAAAAUAAAAAGUACUUAAAGUUAGUUAUAACAGCUUGUGUUCAUCAGUAAGUUACCUCUCAUGUAUUGAUUUGUGCACGUGCCUUCCAUUCUGGGGCUGAAGUGAUGAGUUUUUAAUUUGAGAUGAGUGUGUGUGUGUGAACAGAAAUUGACACUUGAAUGGCAACAGUAAAGUCCUAUGCAAAACAAAGGGCAGCUUGAGUUUUUUUUGGGUCUCAUAACUGUUUCCAAACUGUGUGUUUCUAAAUAUUGGAAGUGUGAAAUGUAACUGGAUUAUGGAUGUUGCAGUAGUGCUUGUUGUUAUAGCCACUUGCUGACUGUGGGAACUUCAUUAUUUUCAUAAAAAAAAAUCACCUUUUUUCCCAAAAA